UCGCUCUCUCGCUCGCUGGGGCCGGACACAGACUGCCUUCAGCUGCCGGCGGAUCGGGCUGGAGCCGCGGCGGCGGCUGCUGCGGAAGAAGGGGGGGGAGGGAGGAGGAAAACAACAGCCCAGCAGCCGGCUGACCCGCGGCGCGGCCCCCGGUCCAGCCCCCCCGGAGUUCGGACCCGCUCAGGAGAACGAUCUAGAGAGACACAUGGGCACAGAAUGGAGCCAGUCACCAACACUCCACUCUGAGUGCUGCACAUGAGGGACUGGGAACCUUUCUACUCCCUGUGGCAGAACUGUGGAUGAGCAUCAAGGAGAGUCUCUGAAUAGGAAAAGGCUUAGAUCACACCUUAAACGUGGGAAAAGAUGGCUGGCAGGAAAACCGAGCAGCAAUAAGAGAGCCGGUGGCAGCAACAGAGUUAUGUCAUGCCCAGACCAGUGGAGGGCUCCAUGAGGAUUCAUAGAAGAUGCCCCGGGUCUUGGCGCCUCUGGUGCUCCUUCUGGUAUGGCUCAUGACAGUCGCCAGCAGCCCUCAUGCCCUGAGGAUUGCCGCAAUCCUGGACGACCCGAUGGAGUGCAAUCGAGGUGAGAGACUGUCCAUCACCCUGGCCAAGAACCGAAUCAACCGGGCUCCUGAGAGAGUAGGGAAGGCCAAGGUGGAGGUGGACAUCUUCGAGCUGCUGAGAGAUAGCGAGUACGAGACUGCAGAAACCAUGUGCCAGAUACUCCCAAAGGGGGUAGUAGCUGUCUUGGGACCUUCUUCUAGCCCUGCCUCCAGCUCCAUCAUCAGCAACAUCUGUGGGGAGAAGGAGGUGCCCCAUUUCAAAGUGGCCCCUGAGGAAUUUGUGAAGUUGCAGUCCCAGAGAUUCACCACCCUGAACCUCCAUCCCAGCAACACGGACAUCAGCGUGGCAGUCGCUGGAAUCCUGAGGUUUUUCAACUGCACCACAGCCUGCCUCAUCUGCGCCAAAGCAGAAUGCCUUUUAAACCUGGAGAAGCUGCUCAGACAAUUCCUUAUCUCCAAGGACACGCUCUCCGUCAGGAUGCUGGAUGACAGCCGGGAUCCUACUCCACUCCUCAAGGAAAUCCGGGAUGACAAGACAGCCACCAUCAUCAUCCAUGCUAAUGCCUCCAUGUCCCACACCAUCCUCCUGAAGGCAGCUGAACUGGGGAUGGUUUCAGCCUAUUACACAUACAUCUUCACUAAUCUGGAGUUCUCUCUCCAGCGAAUGGACAGCCUCCUGGAUGAUCGAGUCAACAUCCUGGGAUUUUCUAUUUUCAAUCAAUCCCAUGCUUUCUUCCAAGAGUUUGUACAAAGCCUCAACCAGUCAUGGCAGGAGAAUUGUGACCACGUGCCCUUCACUGGGCCUGCACUCUCCUCAGCCCUGUUAUUUGAUGCUGUCUACACUGUUGUGACCGCAGUUCAAGAGCUGAACCGAAGUCAGGAGAUUGGUGUGAAGCCCCUGUCUUGUGGCUCAGCACAGAUCUGGCAGCAUGGUACCAGCCUCAUGAAUUACCUGAGAAUGGUAGAAUUGGAAGGUCUCACCGGCCACAUCGAAUUCAACAGCAAAGGCCAGAGGUCCAACUAUGCCCUUAAAAUCCUGCAGUUCACAAGGAAUGGCUUCCGGCAGAUCGGUCAAUGGCAUGUGUCCGAGGGCCUCAGCAUGGACAACCACCUCUCCUCCUCCAACAUCUCCGACAGCCUCUUCAACACCACCUUGGUCGUCACCACCAUCCUGGAGAACCCAUACUUAAUGCUGAAGGGGAACCAUCAAGAAAUGGAAGGCAAUGAUCGCUACGAAGGCUUCUGCGUGGACAUGCUUAAGGAACUCUCGGAGAUCCUACGCUUCAACUAUAAGAUUCGUCUUGUUGGGGAUGGAGUAUAUGGUGUGCCUGAAGCCAACGGCACUUGGACAGGAAUGGUCGGGGAGCUGAUUGCUCGGAAAGCAGAUCUGGCAGUAGCUGGUCUCACUAUCACAGCGGAAAGGGAGAAGGUGAUCGAUUUCUCCAAGCCGUUCAUGACUCUGGGAAUUAGUAUUCUUUACAGGGUUCAUAUGGGUCGGAAACCCGGCUAUUUCUCCUUCCUGGACCCCUUCUCUCCCGGAGUCUGGCUCUUCAUGCUUCUCGCCUAUCUGGCCGUCAGCUGCGUGCUCUUCCUGGUGGCGCGGUUGACACCCUAUGAAUGGUACAGCCCACAUCCUUGUGCCCAGGGCCGGUGCAACCUUCUGGUGAAUCAGUAUUCUCUGGGAAACAGCUUGUGGUUCCCUGUUGGGGGCUUCAUGCAGCAAGGUUCUACCAUUGCCCCACGCGCCUUAUCUACCCGAUGUGUCAGCGGAGUCUGGUGGGCAUUCACUCUGAUCAUCAUCUCAUCUUACACGGCCAACCUGGCAGCUUUCCUGACUGUACAGCGCAUGGAUGUGCCCAUCGAGUCUGUGGAUGACCUGGCUGACCAGACAGCCAUUGAGUAUGGCACAAUUCAUGGAGGAUCCAGCAUGACCUUCUUCCAAAAUUCCCGCUACCAGACAUAUCAGAGGAUGUGGAAUUACAUGUACUCUAAGCAGCCUAGUGUGUUUGUGAAGAGCACGGAAGAAGGGAUUGCCCGGGUGCUGAACUCCAACUAUGCCUUCCUGCUGGAGUCCACCAUGAAUGAAUACUACCGCCAGCGAAACUGCAACCUCACCCAGAUCGGGGGCCUGCUGGACACCAAGGGCUACGGGAUAGGGAUGCCAGUCGGGUCUAUAUUCCGUGACGAGUUUGACCUAGCCAUUCUUCAACUUCAAGAGAACAACCGCCUGGAAAUUUUGAAGAGAAAAUGGUGGGAAGGGGGGAAGUGCCCCAAAGAGGAAGAUCACAGAGCCAAAGGCCUGGGAAUGGAGAAUAUUGGUGGAAUCUUUGUGGUUCUUAUCUGUGGCUUAAUUGUGGCCAUUUUUAUGGCUAUGUUGGAGUUUUUAUGGACUCUCCGACACUCAGAAGCAACUGAGGUGUCAGUGUGCCAGGAGAUGGUGACCGAGCUGCGCAGCAUCAUCCUGUGUCAGGACAGCUUCCACCCGCGCCGGAGGCGCGCCGCCCCGAGCCGCCCGCGGGCCCCGGUCCCCGAGGAGCGGCGGCCCAGGGGCACGGCCACGCUCAGCAACGGCAAGCUGUGCGGGGCGGGGGAGCCGGACCCCCUGGCCCAGAGACUGGCGCAGGAGGCCGCCCUGGUGGCCCGAGGGUGCACCCACAUCCGGGUCUGCCCGGAGUGCCGGCGGUUCCAGGGCCUGAGAGCGCGGCCGUCGCCGGCCCGCAGCGAGGAGAGCCUGGAGUGGGAGAAGGCCACCAACAGCAGUGAGCCGGAGUAAAGCGGCCUCCGAGCGCUCGCCACCGCUGGGACAGGGAGGGGGCAGGGGCAGAUCGGGGGCCGCCGCGCGGGGCCCAGUGUGGGGGCUUCUCGCCGUCAAAACCACCACGAUUUCUGAAGGAGACGCAGAGAUCCCAGGACCUGAUACCCGGCCUGAGGCGGGGCCCACACACACACCUGGGUCCCUCAAAGGACUUUGCAACUGACAAGCAAAGGGGACGGACGCUCUCCCUCCCAGACUCAAAGGGCCUGACUUUUCUCCCAAGGGCCUUUUCUCCUUUAAGGCAAAAAGACGCUGUAUGUCGCGGGCUGCGGAGGCCCGCCCGGACCCGUCCAGCUUAGAGGACAGAAUUCUGGGGUGAAUUGCCUGGCCUAGAAAAGGGCGAUUGUACCCUGGGUCCGGUUCUCACAGAGAGAAUUAAAACUCACCAGGGAAGUUUUUCUUUUCUGGAAUUCGAGUUA